AUGUCCAUCUUUUUUAAUCCUUUCAUAUCUGUUUCACUCUCUUUCUAUCUCUGUUCAUAUCUGUCUCUCUCUCUUUCUGUGUUCAUAUCUGUCUCUGUCUCUCUCUCUCUUUUAAUACCUGUCUUUCUCUGUUCACAUCUGUCACGCUCUCUCUCUAGCUCUUUUCAGAUCUGUCUCUCUCUCUCUCUCUCUCUCUCUCUGUCCAUCUCACUCUAUCUCUUUAACCCUUUCACAGCUAUUUCACUCUUUGUAUCUAUUAUUUUCUGUUCAUAUCUAUCUAUCUUCACAUGUCCAUAUCUAUCUACCUAUCUUCAUGUGACCUUAUCUACCUUUCAUGUGUCCAUAUCUACCUAUCUUCAAGUGUCCAUAUCUAUCUACCUAUCUUCAUGUGUCCAUAUCUAUCUAUAUUCAUGUGACCAUAUCUAUGUGCCUAUCUUCACAUAUCCAUAUCUAUCUACCUAUCUUCACAUGACCAUAUCGCCCUAUUUUCACAUGUCCAUAUCUAUCUACCUAUCUUCAAGUGUCCAUAUCUACCUAUCUUCAUGUGUCCAUAUCUAUCUUCAUGUAUUCAUAUCUACCUACCUUCACAUAUCCAUAUCUUCUUAUCUAUCUUCACUUAUCCAUAUCUUUCUAUAUAUCUUUACAUGUCCAUAUCUAUCUUCACAUGUCCAUAUCUAUCUACGUACCUAG